AUGACGCCGCUCUUUCACCACACGGAACGUCGUCGACGACAGAACGCGACAUCACAUGACGUAUGUAGUCCCUUAGCUAAUAGUGAGAAGGAUGACGAUGAUGAUAAUGAUGAUAAUAAUAAUGAUGAUGACGACGACGACGACGACGAGAGUGAUGAUGAUGACGACGUCCAGGAACUUGACCCUAUUGACGGGUUUCCAAGUCCACCCAUGCGUCUACGACCACGUCGUCGUUUUGUUAAAGCUGGUCAUACAACCUAUGAACUUUCUUUCUCUAGACGUCAAGUACAUCCACGUCAAGCACAAAGAGGAGGACGUAUGCAACUAGCAACAAGGAAGAGUUUAAACAAUGAACAAAACGAUGACGAGUAUAAAGCAGUUCCAGCUGUUUCCUCUCUCUCUCGUGUCUUGACAGAAGUCAUGACGGGAGAAACGAAAGCACUGAAUAAUAUUAUUGAUACAACACCACCACAGCCAAAUGUAACGUAUGUAGUGGAACACGCAGCGGACGGAACGUUCUACGUAGCAGCAUCCGACGGCAAUCGAUAUUUUGCAAACUCGGCGAUUGGACAAAUUUUUAUCAAGCCCAAUGAACACGACGUUGCACAAGACCAACGAUUGGAACGGGCUUGUAUGCCGUCAGGUAAAGUACCCCAUCGAACGUGGCAGCCACAGCCAGUACCGCGAACAAAACAAUUGGACCCUGUCGGUGCAGAAAAAAUAAUUACGAUUGUAAGUAACUUGCCAAUGGUAGAGGUUACAAAAAGCGCUGCACAACAGUUUGCAGAAAAGGACGUUGAUGUCAAGAAAGGACCAAAGGCGCUGUUGGGAUCAAAAGGAUUUCAAUUGGGAAAGAAGAAAGAAAAGAAAGGGCCAGCGACUGAUAUAAAGGUACAACAGAAGCAAGAUGACAGUAGCAAUGCAGCAGUUAUAGACGCUACUCACGUCAUUGCUCACAAAGAAGUUGAUGAUCAGCGUCCGAUGCUGGAUAUAGAAAAUGUCGUACAAAGAAGCCGUGCAGACUCAGUCUGGCAGGUGGCGCCGCCGAUGAGUAACGCGCGACAGGAACUCGAAGCACCUCAACCUACGGAAAUAAGACUUCUUGACUCGAAGGGUUUGCAGACUGCUAAUCAAGCGAGAUCAGACUUGCUUGCAAGUUUGGCAGCUGCCACAAACGAAAACGACGUUAGUGAUAAUAGCUCCUCGUGUAGCUCACUUAAUGCUGGUAGUUUUACCAGUUCUACAGGUUCCAUGGGGGCAUCGAUUAAAACUCUUCCUCGACUCCAACCGAAGCAGGAAUUGCCAGCGCUACCAAUUGCAUUUGAUGCGUAUGACGAGGAUGACAAUCCGAUGUGUCGAUCUUUCCAGAACGUGCGUAACGUGGACUUGAUUCCGUUAGUGUCAGAUAAGCGUCUUGAUGAGGAGGAGCAUAAGGAUAGUCAUGACGAAGAGUAUGGCCAUGACGAAGAGCAUGGUCAUGACGAAGAGCAAGCAUGUGUAGCGGCGGUUGGAGAUGACGAUAUUCCGGAUGUAAACUCGCCCGACUUUGCUGGUCGUGUUCGUGUGUCAUCAGGCGCAACGAGCGUGGCGGAGUUUGUUGGCGGCUUUAAGGGUCAACUUUCUCGGCGAUCAGGUGCAAGUGGCUUGGUGAAUCGCAAGCGGGCUGUGCGGCAUGCGCGGCUUACAGCAGAAGAGCAGAAGGCAGCAGAUUUAGCGCGGAAAAUUCGUGAGGCUCGUAACCGUGUUCCACUUGAGUUUAGGGACGAGUAUAUGUCUGCCUCAGCACAAAACGAGCUUCAGCAGAAGAGGAAUAUGCGUUCUCGUGGUCGGCGUGUUCAUUUCAACCCUGAAGUGCUGUGUCGCGAGUUUGAUGUCGAGUCGGAGGACGAGGAUGACGGCUAUGACAGUCCAGAUGAAAUCGUGGAUGCUGUCCAGUUAGUGAGUAAGCGCGAUGUUGUCCAUGCCGAGGACGUGGUUGCAGCGGUUCCGAUGCAGCAAUUGGAGCUGCCGUCAAAGAAAAUUUUGGAGGCAAAUGUUCACGGCAAUGAAGCUCCUGUACUUUCACUUGUUGGCGCAAAUACUGAAGGGCUCCAAAUUAUGCAGAACGAUCCCUUGUCGUGUUCGCAGCUCAAUAACGACAAGCGAAUGUCGUUUUCCGAUCUUUAA